GAAAAAACACAGGUGUUGUGGACGCUUAGGCGAAACACUGCGGUAAGGAAGUGGAACGAAUAAACGCUCGUUUUACUUAAUCCGAGAGUAUACCUAAAAUGGCUGCCGACUCCCCAGUGAGAUCUGAGGUGGAAGAGCUCCAAAGAAGGGCCAAUCAGUUGACAGAUGAGUCACUAGAUAUUACCAGAAACAUGAAGCUUCUGUUGGAGGAGAGCAAAGAUGCAGGCAUCAAGACAUUGGUCAUGCUAGAUGAACAAGGCGAGCAACUGGAGCGCAUUGAAGAGGGACUAGACCAGAUUAAUCAAGACAUGAGGGAGGCUGAGAAAAACCUCACCGACCUGGGCAAAUGCUGUGGCCUGUGCUCAUGUGAUAAGCUGAAGGACUUUGAGGCAAGUGGAGCUUAUAAGAAGGUUUGGAGUAAUAAUCAGGAUGGUGUGGUCUCCAGCCAACCUCCGUCCCGUGUGGUGGAUGAGAGAGAGAAAAUGACCAUGAGUGGUGGAUAUAUUAGAAGAGUGACUAAUGAUGCACGGGAGGACGAGAUGGAGGAGAACUUGGCCCAGGUGGACAGCAUUCUUGGCAACUUAAGAAGCAUGGCGCUUGACAUGCGCAAUGAAAUUGACACUCAGAAUAUCCAGAUAGAGCGCAUCCAGGAUAAGGCCACUGUCAAUGAGUCUCGCAUCAGUGAGGCCAAUCAGAGGGCUAACAAGCUAAUAGCAAGAUGAACACAGCAGGGAGAUGCCAAUAAGUUUACAUUCUGUCUCCUAUAUAACACACCUAAGAGCACACACAAUGGAAAUAAAUCCGUUCUUUCACUUUUAAAACAAUUAUGGAACAUUAUGAAACUUAUGUAAUUAUAAUUAUUUAAGAUGAAUAUCAUUGUAUUUAUUUUUUAGUUCAUAACUUUCCAUAAAGACAUGUAUUAUAAUGUAUGUUACAUAUCUAUUUGGAUUAUCUCUUUGUUGUAGUCAUUAUAUCUCUUAAUGGAUUUUAUGUUUGAAUAGUAGGUGUACGUGUCUUUUUCAAAGCAGUAUAUUUGUUGACUAUAACCAGCAGUGCAGUUGUGUCUAUAGUUUGUAUUUGUGUGCCUCUUUGAAAUGGUUGAAACAAAAACAUGAAGUUCAUUUGUGUUCUGGUGCGUUUUCCCAAAUGAUUUUGGGGAAGAGCUAGAUUUCAAGAAAAGCUUGUGUAAAAAAUUUCCUUUACAAGCCAAUUUUGAGAUUGUGUUUUUGUUAAAAGUAAUGUAUUUGUCUGC